AUGUUGCGGUUACUCGGAAAGUGCCUGAUAUUGAGCUUGUUAUUCGUCAUCCAUUUCAUACCAUUGCCUAUGAGCUUAUACACACAUGAAACCCUUGUGGUUUUACGUCUCAUGAAAGGGACCAUUGACGAUGUUCCUUCGACAACUUGUUUCCGGUCCCUCAAGACUUUGUCUCUUCUAGAUGUGUUCUUCACAAGCGAUAAAACCGUUGAGAGGCUUUUGUCUUGUUUCCCUAUUCUUGAAACAUUGGUUGUGGACCGAUGGGGGGGCGAAAAUGUGAAGACUUUCGCAAUUUGUGUGCCAUCGUUGCAGAGCUUAAAGAUCCGCUACAGAGUAGGGGGUUAUCACGAUCCAAAAAAUGAUCAUGGAUUUGUCAUCAAUGCUCCUUCUUUAAAGUAUUUAGAUAUUGUUGAUCAUUUUGGGGGGUUUUAUUCUUUAGGGAAUAUGCCCGAGCAAUUGGAUGCAGAAAUCCACGUUAGACAUUGUGAUUCUGAGACGCUUCUAGGAUAUCUUACCUCGUCUAAAAAACUUUCCUUAUGUUUAAAACCACAAAUGGGUUCAUAUCCGGAAGGCGACUUUGAUCAGCUUGUGUCUCUUGACCUAUGUGUUAUGUGCUCCUUAGAUUGGUUGAAUCUUAUCCUAAGCCGUUCACCUAAACUCCGAGCUCUCAGACUCUACCAAUCAAGAGAGAGAGGCGGGAGCUGCCGGAAUUCUAGAAAUGUCCGUACCAAGUGGGAGCAACCGAGUUCUGUUCCUGAAUGCUUACUUGUGAGUCUCAAAACUGUUGAGUGGAUUUUGUACAAAGGGACACAAGAAGAGAAGGAUGUGGUAAAGUAUUUGUUAGAGAAUGGAAACUUCAUAAAAACUAUGAGUAUUGGAUUCUCAUCAGUAAUCACGUUGGAAGAGAGAAACAAAAUACAGUUGGAGUUUGAGUCUAUGCCAAGGAGUUCUAGAAGAUGUCAGCUUUCAUUCACUUAAGUUUUUUGGCAUCUCAAAGCUAUAAGAUUUUUAAUGUUUUGAUUUAUUUGAACAUGUUUUUUUUUUCCUCUUUAAGUCUUCAAACUUCUUUCUUCUGAUUUGUCUCAAAGCUUGUAGUUUUACUCCAAAUUAGUGACUAUACAUUGAGAGCCAAGAUUUGAGCAGCAUUAGUGUUACUGUUUGAUACUUUUGUGAAUUCGUUUUUUUCUCAUCACAAUUUCCCAAUCUUAUGAUCA